AUGAGGAAACUAAUAUGGAGAAAAAUAGUGAUUCCAUCAUUCCUACUGAUUUCUACUUUUAUACUUAUAACUACGCUGAAACAAAUUUAUUACCAUCAAAAUGAAGAAUUUCAUUUAUCUCCUAAGGGACUGAAAGCUAUUUUAACAAAAACAGAACAAGAAAACAAGCGAAGGAUUGAAAGAGUAGAGGAGACAUGCAGAGCAUAUAACUUGGGACUUUACAAAAGCGACGGCUCUAAGCCUGGCUUUAAGUAUCCUCCUACUCCGCAGUACUCUGUCUAUUACUUUGAUAUAAACCAUAAUAUAGCGUACUGCCCUGUCUAUAAAGCUGGUUCCACAACCUGGCUUCAUAAUCUUUGCCUUCUGAAUGGAGAGCGAGAGGAAAAUAUCAAAGGAAAGCAGAUAAGUGAAGUUGCAAGGAAUCUUUUUCCAGAACUGGAUGGCGAACUAGCAGAAAUGCGAUUUCCCCAAUGCAAGCGGUUACUUUGUGUUCGUCACCCAUUUGACCGCAUCUUGUCUGCAUACCGUGAUAAGUUAGAAAGCAGAGAUAGAGCACCACAGCAUGGAACUCUUCACUACUACAAGAGAUGGGGUUCAAAAAUUAGAAAUAAAUUCAGGACUUCUGGGAAAAUUGAGCCUACAUUUGAGGAGUUUGUUAAGUUUCUCCUUCAAACGGACCUUCUGGCCUAUUCAGACGAUCAUUGGAUUCCAUACAACGCAUACUGCACACCAUGUCUUUUGAGAUAUGAUUACAUAGCCAAAGUAGAAACUUUAACAGAAGAUCAAUUAUUUUUUAUACAUAGUCAAAUGUUGGGGGCUUGGAUUACUCCGUCGAAACAUCACUCGUCCAAAAAAAUCAGUUCAAUUGUAGCAAUGGAUUACUUUUCUCAACUAACGAAAGAACAAGUCAAUAAUCUUUACCAAAAAUACAAGCUUGAUUUUGAAAUGUUUGAUUAUUCAAUUCAACCUUAUUUAGACUAUGCUAAAUAA